AUGUCAGGCUCUAGCGACAACGAACAGCAAUCCACCAGCCGUGUGGCCAAACCACAAAAGCGCAAGACCACCGCAGAGAUCCGGGAUAUCAACAAGGAAAAGAGCGUGUUCAGCGCGAAGGCUCUGACGAAACCCUCCAAGCAGCCCACCAAUACCUUAACCAAUGGGUGCAAGACCGUGGGUCGUGGAAAUUUAACAAAGCCAAGCAACUCUGGCUUCUCCGUCACAUCUACUCAGACACCAAAAUCCCCCCCACUCUUCCCCUCCGCUCUCCAAUACUUUGCUGCGGCCGGCGAUGGUCUGAAGAAAACCAUGGUGGAUAAUGCCAGACUUGUCUGCAUCCGAUUUAGGAUGACGAAGGGCGAGAUUCGGAGCAUGAAGCGGGUGGCGACUAAGAAGGUUACAGAUGGUGAGGCUGAGCCGAAGACGGAGGCAAAGCCGGAGGAGGAGAUUAGAGAGGGAGCUUCGGAGGAUAUUGUAGAGAGGGCGGAGAAGGUUAUUGAGGCUUUGACUGCGACGCCUCCCUCUGCCACUGCUGCUGCUCCUACACCGGAUGAGGUGCCGAAGAAGAAGAGCAAGUCAUCAAAGGAAAAGAAGGAAAAGUCCAAGUCCAAGUCCGAGACCAAGUCCAAGUCCGAGACAAUCCAAGGACAAAAGCCCAAGGACAAGAAGUCCAAGGACAAGAAGGACAAGAAAUCCAAAAAAUAA